AUGUCGCUCAACAUCCCCAACGCGCCCAACUCGGGCCUCUUCAAGAAGGGCUACAACAACUACGACUCAGAAGAUGGAGCUGUGCUGCGGAAUAUCGAUGCCUGCCGCACCAUCACCUCCACCGUCCAGACGUCGCUGGGCCCCUACGGCCGCAACAAGGUCGUCAUCAACCACCUGCAGAAGAUGAUCCUCACCUCCGACGCCGCCACGAUCCUCCGCGAGCUCGAUGUUGUCCAUCCCGCCGCCAAGCUGCUUGUCAUGGCCUCCCAGCAACAGGAGGCUGAGAUGGGUGACGCCACAAACCUGGUGAUUAUCCUGGCUGGAGAGCUGCUGCGAAAGGCCGAGGACCUGCUGCGCAUGGGCCUCAAGACGUCCGACAUUGUCAUCGGCUACGAAAAGGCACAGAAGAUUGCCCUGGAGACCCUGGAGGAGCUCUCUGUGGACAAGGUGGAGAACAUUCAGGACCAAGCCGAGCUGAGCAAGGCCCUGCGAACCGUCAUCGCCAGCAAGCAGAAUGGAAACGAGGAGUUCCUGUCAAGCCUGGUGGCCGAGGCUGUCUUGGCCGUUCUGCCCAAGAACCCCGCCAACUUCAACGUCGACAACAUCCGAGUCGUUAAAAUCAUGGGUGGUAGCUUGGACCAGAGCAGGGUCGUCAAGGGCAUGGUCUUCCCCAAGGAGCCCGAUGGUUCGAUCAAGAAGGCUAGCCGCGCCAAGGUCGGUGUCUUUACAUGCCCCAUCGACACAAGCCAGACAGAGACCAAGGGCACCGUGCUGUUACACAACGCAAAGGAGAUGAUGGACUUCACCAAGGGCGAGGAGGCACAGCUAGAAAAGGCAAUCAAGGAGCUCUACGACUCAGGCCUGCGCGUAGUCGUGUGUGGUGACCGAGUGGGCGACCUGGCCACACAUUACCUCAACCGUUUUGGCAUUCUCUACAUCCGAAUCCUCAGCAAGUUUGAGCUGCGACGAAUCUGCCGUGUCGUUGGUGCUACGCCAUUGGCUCGUCUGGGUGCCCCCAUGCCCGAUGAGAUGGGCAGCAUUGAUGUUGUCGAGACCAUUGAGAUUGGUGGUGAUCGCGUUACCGUCUUCAGACAAGAAGACGAAGUCACACGCACUGCUACACUGGUCCUCCGUGGCGCCACCCAGAACCACCUUGACGACAUUGAGCGAGCUGUCGACGACGGUGUCAACGUUGUCAAGGCCAUCACCAAGGACAACAGACUGGUUCCCGGAGCCGGUGCUACCGAAAUUUCACUGAGCGCAAAGAUUCAGGCUCAGGGCGAGAAGACGCCUGGCCUGAGCCAGUAUGCCAUCAAGAAGUACGGCGAGGCCUUUGAGGUCAUUCCCCGCACCCUGGCCGAGAGCUGCGGUCUGGAUGCUACCGAGGUUCUCAGCACACUAUAUGCCGCCCACCACAAGAGCGAGAGCGGCGAUGCCGGUGUCGACGUCGAGAACGAGGAGGGCAAUGGUGUUUUGAACGCAACCAAGGAGGGCAUUGUCGACCUUCUGGCGUCCAAGAGCUGGGCCAUCAAGCUGGCCACAGAGGCAGCCCGCACGGUCCUGUCAGUCGACCAAAUCAUUGUGGCGAGACAGGCUGGUGGGCCGAAGCCUCCUGGCCCCAACCCUAACUGGGAUGAGGACUAA